GUCUGCUUUUCUUCGUGUUUUCUCUUUGUGGGUCAUAUGACAUCAAGGGAUCAAGUGACUGACUGACUGUGUUAUCUUCGAGGAAAAAACUCGGAAAAUCUCCACCAGCAGCCAACAACAGCCAAGAUGCGCUACACACUCGGUUACUCAUUCACGGGCGCUCUGCUCUCGGUGUCAACAGUGUUGAUCCUGUACCAUGUCCUCACGGGCAAGGGCGAACGCGUCAGCGUUGGAUGGUUCCUGGAGGAAACGUCGCCCUACAUGUGGGCCACCCUGGGCAUUGGUUUCGCCGUAGCGUUGUCCGUCGUCGGAGCGGCCAUGGGAAUCCACACGACCGGAGUCAGCAUCGUCGGCGGUGGUGUCAAGGCUCCCAGGAUUAAGACCAAGAACUUGAUCUCGGUUAUCUUCUGCGAAGCGGUCGCCAUCUACGGUCUAAUUACGGCCAUCGUUUUGUCCGGUAUGUUGGAGAGCUUUUCCUGGAGCAUGGUUGUGGCCAACGAUAACAUCCGGUACAACAACUGGUUCUCCGGUUAUGUAAUGUUCGGCGCUGGUCUGGCCGUCGGCUUGGUUAAUCUGUUCUGCGGUAUCGCUGUCGGCAUCGUCGGAUCCGGUGCGGCCCUGGCCGAUGCUGCCAACUCGGCUUUGUUCGUCAAGAUCCUGAUCGUGGAAAUCUUCGGCUCGGCCAUCGGUUUGUUUGGACUGAUUGUUGGCAUCUACAUGACCUCGAAGGUUAAGAUGGGAGACAAGGAGUAAGCUGGAAAGCAGAUUCAUUCAAACAUUUGGACUUAACAAGAUGUUCGAUCCAACAUUAGAAAGUAUUACUUGCAAACAAGAACGAGCAGAUACAGUCAGUUGUCUAAGUACCAAAACAGAUUAAUCAAGGGCCAUUCCAAAUCAACUUAAUAUCUCUGUAUGCAAAGACUACACUCAACAUCUAUGAAGCCGUUGUAUUAUAUUUUCUGUAUAAAACAUUGUCCUAGCCGAAAAAAGCCCUUUUCUGCUUCGGAGUACAUUAAUGUAAAUUGGUAAAUAUUGUUUUGUUUUUACGUUAUUUUUUUUAGUGAAUAUUGCAGAUAAAAAAACGGACAGCACUGUUCGUCUAUUGAAGGAUAAAAAACAUAUUAGCAGUAAGCUACUACAAAUAAUCGUAUAGGUGGUGACAAACAAACUAGAUUCAUAUGUAACGAACGCGAAACAAAAAUCAUCAUUUGAAAUAUAUGUAGUUCACACGCCCCCUAA